AUGGAGAUCUCGGCCAAGCAACUCCCGGAAUUACUAGAGCAUGACAACUCGGUCAAGCUUGCUGGGGUGGAUGUCGAUGGCAUACUCCGCGGGAAGCUCGUCUCCAAGAAGAAAUUCUUGUCAAUAGCGACUGAGGGGUUCGGUUUUUGCUCCGUCAUAUUUGGCUGGGACAUGCAUGAUAUGACGUACAUACGGGAGCUGAAAGUCAGCAACAAGGAAAACGGGUAUAGGGACAUUAUUGCGGUGCCUGAUCUGAAUAGCUUCAGGCGCAUUCCCUGGGAAAACAACGUCCCAUUCUUCUUGGUCAGCUUCUAUGACCCGGAUACGAAGAAGCCCGUCUCCCCUUGUCCGAGAGGUCUCUUGGCCGCCCAAGUCCAGAAAGUUGCUGCUGCCGGCUUGGGGGCAAUGGCCGGAGCCGAGUACGAGUUCUAUCAGUUUAGGACACCGCAGGCUUCUCCAGCGAUCUCCUCGUCCACCGCCGCUUUUCUCAAGGAGAAUACGCCUCAGGCUCUCCCGUCACUGACCGAAGGCAUGUUUGGCUACAGCUUGACCCGGCCAGUCCAUAACCAGGAGUACUACUACGAUAUUUUUAAUUCAUGCGAGGCAUUCCGGUGCAACCUCGAGGGGUGGCACACUGAGAGCGGGCCGGGUGUUUACGAGGCGGCCCUGGAGUUUGGGGAGAUCAGGCAGAUGGCGGAUCGGGCGAGCCUGUUCAAGUAUGUCGUCAAGUCUGUGGCGACCAAGCACGGUAUUACGCCUUGUUUCAUGGCAAAACCAAGACAAGGACUGCCCGGAAACAGCGGCCACAUGCACAUCUCGCUGGUGGAUAAGGAAGGCAACAAUAUCCUGUUCCGCGGUGACCAAGAUCCAAAUCCGCCAUUCCCGGAUGUUGCCUUUUUAUCCGACCUGGGCCGCCAUUUUCUGGCGGGCAUCCUCGAGGGUUUGCCGGAUGCGAUGCCCAUGGUGGCCCCCACCAUAAACAGCUACAAGCGUUUGGUCGAGAACUUCUGGGCUCCCGUUACUGUUUCAUGGGGACUGGAGCACCGGGCGGCUUCCAUCAGGCUCGUCGCACCUCCUACCUGCAAGCCGAGUGCGACUCGCUUUGAAGUUCGGGUCCCAGGGGCCGACGCGAACCCUUACUACGUACUAGCAACCGUCUUAGCGUUGGGCUGGCGUGGUGUCGAGAAGAAGCUGGAGAUUCCCUGUCCUCCGCUUGGCAAGGGUGAGGAUGUCGGAGGGGCUUCCGAUACGGGGGUUCGGCUAGCAAAGAGUCUCCGGGAGGCCACCGAUAGGUUUAUGCGUGUCGGCAGCAUCGCAAGGGAAGUCUUUGGUGAUGAAUUUGUCGAACACUAUGGCGGGACGAGGGAGCAUGAGAUACGGCUUUGGGAUGAGGCUGUGACCGACUGGGAAAUGAGGAGAUACAUUGAAACCGUUUGA